GGCAGACUGGUUCCUGCUGGACAGCCGGACGGUUCGGCACGCUGCCCUCGGCCUCUUCUGCUGUGGGGUCUGUGUCUACCUCACAGCUCUGGCCAUCUACAUGCUGCUGCUGUUCGAGCUGGAGGCUGGAAUUGCCAGUGCCUGUAUCCUGUCCUCUGGCAUCGUGGUCCUGCUGCUGACAGUGACCCACUCCCUGCUCCGCGUGGCGCAGGCCUCGCGCCGCUCCGAGGCGCCGCACGCGCUGUACGAGAACGACUCUGCCCAGCACGGGGAAUCCUCCUCCAGUGACCUCAACAACAAGGGCACAGCCACGCCCCGGCCCCGGCCUGAGAUCCACAGGGAAUUCUCCUUCCCUGCUUUUCUGGGCUCUGCAGCUAGCAGCAACCUGGGGUCGUCGGGGAGCCCUGGGCCGCGCUCCGACCUGCCCCGCGCGCACCGGACGCUGUCAGCUGAGUCCUCCCUGCUGCAGGCACAGGGGAAGCCCUGGAACAUCAUCACACAGGAGAUGAGGAAUGUGAUGGCAAGGAAAACUGUAGCCACAGGCAAGGACUCCACACUGGUGUGA